AUGUCUCAUCUUAAUCCGGACGAGAACAGAUUUCCCCCUGGAGCGCCACACCGGCCUUAUCCCCGCCGUGAUGAUCGGGACGGCCGGAUGUACGAUGACCGUACGCCUUCCCGAUCUCGUUCGCCUGGUGAACACCAGUAUUCUCCUCCGCGAGGCCCGGCCGGGGAUCGAAGAGGCGACCAUUCCAGAGAUCAACUAGAUUCUAGAUCUCAUUAUCGAAGGGGCGACCGCGAUGAGUAUCGUCGGCGAUCGUCAAGAUCCCCCCCUCGGCGAGGCAGGCCAGGCUACCGAGAUCGCGAUCGGGAAGGGUACCGUUCGCCGGGGUACAGCCCAAGUCGAAGCUACAGUCGCAGCCGCAGUCGCAGCCCUCGGCGCAGUCACCAGCCAUACUACGGUCAAGAAAGCAGAGAGGUCAUGAUGGACGGAUUGCCGGUGGAUAUGGUGGAAGAAGACAUAUCGAAUGAGUUGAGAGACUUUUAUUAUGUCGAAGGGCUGGAAGAAGUUCGAGUGAUUCGUGAUCGGCAGACCAAAAAAUCUCGCCAACUCGGCUUCCUCAGAUUCCGGAAUCUCGACUUUUCGCGCGACUUCCUAGAACGCAAUUUUCCUUCCAUUUAUCUACACGGACCGGAUGCUACUCAGAAUGACCGAGGCACAAAAGUUCGCAUUGCAUAUAGCCGUGAGCGGGAAGAUCGCACUCGUGCCAGGGCUGAGGGUGAUUGGACAUGCAAGAUGUGCACUAUUGUCAACUACUCGACUCGCUAUAAGUGUUUUCGCUGCCAAGCACCUCGACCCGAGGCUGGUCCCGCGGGCCCCCCAGGAAUUGCUGCGCCGAAGGUUGAGAACAAUGGCGACAAUGACGCAGCUGCGGACAAUCAGCCAUCACAAUUUCUUCUAUUCCGAGGACUUGAGCCCUCGGUCACAGAAGAGCUUCUAGCCAAGGGCGUUGCUAAGCUAUACAGGCCUUCUCCCAAUGCAGAUGGCUCUUCAGGGACUCAUAAGAAAGGGGCUAAGGUGGCAUCUACAACCGGCGACGCGAACCUGGGGGCUAGAGAUGGUUCUAUCCGCCGUGUGCUGCUGGUCAGAGACCGUCGAAGCAACGAGAGCUGGCGCUAUGGAUUUGCCGAAUUCGCUACUGUUCAGGACGCCCAAGCAGCCGUUGCGCGACUUCAUUCGUUUGAGAAGUUUACGAUCUCGUCUAAGCCUGUGCUUGUAAGCUACAUUCACGCUGGUGUAUUUGUGCCCGUUAUCAAUCCCUCGGCGAGCACAGACCAGUUCACUUUUAGUCCUCUCAGCAACCCAUCCUUGAAGCUUAUGUACUGGGACGAAGAAGCAUAUGUGUCGGAGUUAACAGUGUCAACCAAAGAUUUAGAUGGCAACCAGAGUUCGUCUGGCCAAGGUCAAGCUGAAAGGGAUGCAAAGAGCGCAAAGGAUGCGGACAAGGCCAAGAAGCGAAAGGCGGAGAUUCCAGCGAGUGCAGCGCCUAAGAAACUUGCAGUACCGUCACACCUACAGUUCUGGAGCAAUCGCCAUGCUGAGCUGCAUGGUAUCCAGCGCAAAGAGGGCGAUGAGAAAGGGGGCGAAACCGCAUUGGAAAACAAUGGAUCGCCUGCUGAAUCAACUGCACCCCCAGCACAGUCAUACGCGGAUCUGAAUAGGAACUGCUGUUAUCUGUGCAUGCGGCAAUUCAAGAGCUCUGCAGAUGUCAACAGACACGAACGACUCAGCCAGUUGCAUCGGGAGAACCUCCAGAAUGAGGACUUGAAGACCAAAGCAAUGGGCAAGCUCAUCAAACAUGGCAUUGUCCAGCCUACUCCAGAGUAUAGAGACCGUGCGAAGGAACGGCGACAGGCCUUUGGCAGGUCUCGGACGACGGCGAAGAGCAAGCCGGCCGCGGCCCCGAAGGAGGAAGAUGAACCGGCGGUGGAGACGACAUCGAAGGGCGCCUCGCUCCUUAGUAAGAUGGGCUGGUCUGCAGGCUCCGGACUGGGUGCGCAGGGUACUGGCGUGACUGCUCCCAUUGCCACCGAGAUCUACGCCCAGGGAGUCGGACUGGGGGCGCAGGGAAGUAAGCUGGGCGAUGCAGUCGAGGAAGCAGGACGCAACACACGCAAUCGGUACGACGAAUUCUUAGAGAAGACGAGACAGACGGCGCGACAACGCUACGAGCAACUGGACAAGUAG